UUCCUUCAACAGAGGAGUUCCAAAUACCAUCAGCUGUGUUAGAAACCGCCUUGGUGAGCAGCAACAAGAGCGUGGGAAAUAUUAGAUGGAAUUGGAGUGUUCCAGAAACUGGUGAAUACUAUUUUUUGAUGUGCUUUGCUGAAGUAGAAGAACUUGACGUUAAUGCAAUAAGGGAGUUCAAUAUAAGUAUCAAUGGAUAUUCAUACCAGUCUCCUGUUACAUUACAUAGCUACCUCGAUUCGAUUGUCGUCAAGUAUGGACCCAUCAACGCUGAUAGCUUGGAAAAUGUCCAAUUUUCUCUUGACCCUACCAAUCGAUCGAGCGUGGGUGCAAUUAUUAAUGCUCUGGAUAUCUACCAAUAUAGGAGUCUACCCAACAAUGGAACUAAAAGUGAAGAUGUGAAUGCCAUUGCUGACAUUGUGAGGCACUUCAAUCUGGAGAAAGAGUGGAUGGGUGAUCCGUGUCUUCCACAGAAAUAUAGUUGGGAUUGGGUGGAUUGCAAUCAAGACUCCUCACCAAGGAUUAUUGCAGUGACACUACCCAACAGGCAUCUGAAUGGAACCAUACCUCCAAGCUUUUCCAAUCUCUCUGCUCUUGUUAAGUUGGACUUGGCAAGAAAUAAUUUGAGUGGUUCAAUACCAGAGGCUCUGGCUAUUCUCUCCAAUCUUAAACAACUGAAUUUGGCAGACAAUGACUUAAACGGAUCAGUGCCAAUUGGUCUGUCUGAACAAAAGCAACGUGGAAAACUCAUUCUGAGUGUUUAUGGCAAUGAAAAACUUUGCCAAGUAGGCAUUUGCAAGGAUGGCCGAAAAGGAAAGAGUAGCAAAACACUAUUUGUUUGGUUAAUAGUGGCAGGAAUUGCAAUACUUAUAUCCUUUACUGCAAUAUUAAUCUUUAUAAAAAUUAAAUCAAGCAGAAAAAUUCGAAAAGGGAAAACUGAAACAGGACAUUUAAAUCUUGACAAUUUUGAUGGAUGUCGAUCAUUCAGUUUCAUAGAGGUAAGAGCUAUGACUAGCAACUUUCAGACGGAGAUUGGAAAAGGAGGAUAUGGAUCUGUUUAUCUUGGUUGUCUUCAAGACAAGGAUGUGGCCGUCAAAAUCUCGUCUGAUAAAUCACAUAAGGGUGCCAUACAGUUUUCCACAGAGGUAGAAAUUCUCUACAAAUUACACCAUAAGAAUCUCAUAAAAUUUAUGGAUUACUGCGAAGAGGAACAAAAUUUGGUUCUUGUAUAUGAAUACAUGUCCAAUGGAGACCUGCGACAUUUUCUGGAUGGUCAAACUUCUUCAAGAAAUUAUCUGCGCUGGGAAAGAAGACUCAACAUUGCAUUAGAUGCUGCUCAAGGAUUGGAAUAUCUACAUGUAGGAUGCAAGCCAAGCAUUAUUCACAGAGAUGUAAAGAGCUCCAAUAUUUUGUUGAAUGACCAAAUGGAAGCAAAAAUAGCAGAUUUUGGGUUGUCAAGGAUGGGACCAUUGGAUGGAGCUACACACGUAUCCACCCUUGUAAAGGGUACCAUUGGAUAUCUAGAUCCAGAAUAUUAUUCUACAAAUCGAUUGACAGAAAAGAGUGAUGUUUAUAGCUUUGGAGUUGUUUUGAUGGAGAUUAUUAGUGGAAAACAUCCUCACUUUGUAGAUGAUUCAACAUCUAACAGUGAACACAUACAAAUCACUAAUUGGGUAAGGGCAUCCUUAUUAAAGGAUGACAUAGAGAACAUUGCAGAUCCUACUUUACUUGGAAAUUAUGAUAAAGAUGCAAUGUUGAAAGUGGCAAAUUUGGCAAUGGUUUGUACUUCACCUCAUUCUAAGAAUAGGCCUACAAUGAAUGAGGUGGUGUUAGAAUUAAAGGAAGCAAGUCAAUUCGAAACACAUGAAAUUGCAUCCUCACAUUCUCAUCCUUCUUUACAAACCUCUCAUAAUGUGGACUCAGAUGUGUCAUUAUAUUCAGUUGGUAGAUGAGAUAGAGGAAGAUGUUACAAAAUGGGCAGGGGAACACUCACAAGAAACCAAAAUAGCAGUAAUGAAAUCCUACCUCUAUUGUGGCUUAUUUCAUUUUAUUCACAUCAAUAGCCUAUAAUAACCUUUUGUAAAGAAAAUUAACAUUC